UUGAUCAGUUAGUUUUGGAUUUACAAACCGAGAUAUAAAUUCAUUGAAUAACAGACUAAGGAUGUUGUCCUCACACUUCAUACUUUUAUUCUUAUUGAUCACCACUUUGCUGUUACUAUGCGCUCCUGCAGCAGAAGCAACAUUGCUUUUGUUCCUGUGCUUGGUUAGAUCACCAUUGUGUCCAUUCAGAACAACAACUACAUAAUAGCAUGGAUUUGGUAAACUAAUUGCAAACAAUAAAUAAAAUUAUGUGCAUGUAA